AUGCUUAACAUUGUGACCAUUGCCAUAGAUAUUUGCCUUCUCAUGGUUGCAGUUCCAUGGGAUUGGUUUAUUAUUUUUACGAUGAUCUCUGAGAGAGUGAGAAACAAAAGGCUUGGUAGAAGUGAACAGCUGAUCUGCGUCAUCAGUGCUUUCAACUGCUUUUAUUACCUAAUAAAAGUCAGCAGAUACCUCAAUCUCUUGCUAAUCAUGCACAGCAUCUCCAUUUUCAGCAAGAAAUAUAAAAUGGGAGAAUUCAUUUUUCUGCUUACUAUGGUGUCCAGCAAACUCUGGGUUUCCAACUGGCUGUGCGCAUACUUUUGUCUGAAAAUAGUUCGUGUCAACCACAAGUUUUACAUCUGCCUACAAAGACUGUUUCCCAAAUUAUGUCCGUGGAUACUUAUUAUAUCUAUAUUUGUAUCUUUCGUUCUAAGUCUUACUGAAGUAUGCCUGAAUGAUGAAAAGCUUCUUGAUUUUCCCUACAAUCAAAAUGUAUCUUCCAAUACAGUGUUCCAAAAUGUCAAUUUUAUUGCACAAGUAUACAUCAUGUUCUGCUUAGCUGCUAUCCUGAUUUUCAUUAUUUUGGCUUUGACAAUCAUUGGCUCUCUGUGCAGGCACAUGAAUCGAAUGAAGAACAAUUUGAAUGGAACCAGAAUAAGCAAUGUAGAGGCUCAUGUUCAGGCAUCCAAGACACUUGUCAUCCUCCUGUUUACCAAUGUUAUCUGGUUUAACAUUGCAAAUUUAUUAAUUAUUGAUACCCCAAAAGGUUUAAAUAAUGUAACUCCUCCUCUCCUCACUCUGAAUACUCUCCUCAGCUCUGUAAACCUAAUAAGAGGAAAUAAUACACUUAAAAAUAAACUGUCUGAUAUUUUAAUAUGCUUAUCUUGUUGUAGUCAAGCUUAG